UUCGAUUUUCGGGGUCUCUGAUUUGUAUAUUAUUAUUAUUUAUUCCCAUAAUAUUGUUAAUUACUUGUAUAUAUACUUUUUAGUUUACUUUAUUUUUCACUAUUUGAUUACUCUUUGUUAUUCUGCUUGUUUUGUCCAUUGUGUAUUUUAGUGCAUAUAUACAUAUAAUUUCUCACUUGGGCUAAAAAUAGAAUUCAUUUCUAGUACUGGGUGAUUUUACAUUUUUGUUUAUGUCCAAAAAAGUAGCUAUUUUUGCAUUCUUGGAGUGAUUUUUAAAGGGUUUUAGUGAAUGUGAUUCAUGGGUUUUUGUGUGAUCAUUUUUCGAAGAGGGUCAAGAAAACGGUGUCGUUUCGCUGCUUCGUUAUGCUAUUUUAUUGAGUUAAUAAAGAACCCCCAUUGAAAAAGCUCUUGAAGUUAGCAAGAGGCAAAAACCCAAAUUUUGGGUUUUUGUAAAAAAUUGUAUUCACCAUUUCCAUGAACGUGUAGUGGUUUUUGUUCUCUCCAAAAGCUGGGAACUUGACUUUUGACUUGUAUUUUUUAUAUGUUGGGAUUAUGGGAAAGAUCAAAGUUUUAAAUUUUUGUUUUUAAGGAAUCCACUUUUCCCAUUCUUUAAAUUUGACAUUUGGGUCUUUCAAGAAGAGGCUAAAACAAUUGAGUAUUGCUAUAAACAAGGUCUCUUGAAUUUGACACUUUUCAAUUAAAAAAGGGAAAAUGGGGUGUAAUAUUUUUAGGUAUAGGGUAGAUUCAACUUAGUACCUUAUUCCAAAAAAGUGGUAUAUACUCCAACCGAUACCUGAUUACCUAAGUUUGAUAUUUUGGUCUAUCAAUUGAGCUUUAGAAUCAAUUAGGGUUUUGGCAAUGAUAGGGUCAUUUUGGAUUUAUGAUGAUUUGGUGGGCAUCUUUAUUUAAUUGUAAAGUUAAAAAAAAAAGGAUUAUGGGUUUAUUUUGUUGGUAGUAAAAGUCUAAUGGGGGAAAGGUAAAAGCUUUCAAUUCAUUUUAGGGUGGUGACUACAAAUAAUUGUAGAGAGAGAAAAAAAGGGAUUAGGGAAUGGUUGUGGCCUUGUGGGUGUGGUUGGAUGUUUUGAACAAGUAUGUAACACUCUAAGCCACUCUAUUGUAAUAUCAAGAGGUAAGAAAGGUUACUUUCCAAAUGGGGUUAAUUAGUAAUGGUAAAUAUUCCAUCUUUUUCCAUAAAUGGUCUUAAUACAGUACAAAUACUUGCCAAAUUGUAUAUAAAAACCUUUUCCUAGUGAAAGUAUGUUUAUGGCUGGCUCUUGUGAAACAACAAGAUUGGGUUUUUCUUAGGAGGGGAUAAAAUUCAUCCUUUAUUGUACUUUGCUUGAGAACUUAGUGAAAGAAAAAAAAAGGUGUAGAAAAUGAUUGGUAUUCUUGUACUAUUGAUUGUUUUUUAUUGACUUUCAUGGGUAGUUUUCAUCUUCAAAGCUUUAGUACUUGGGUUGAAAAAAAAUGUUAUUGUGUGUUUACACAAGAAAAGCUUAAUUUGAGUUGCAAGUCAUGAUGAUUUAGUGUUUUGGUAUAACUUGAGGUAUCAUGUGGGAUUUUUGCUGCAUAUCUUUUGACUGUCUCUGGCCAUUGUUCUUUAUAAUUAAAGGUAUGUGAUAAUUUGAUUGAUUGGAACUUAGUUGAAUCAUUGAAAUAUGAAUCAUUUGUUCUGUUUCUUUAAUUUCUUGCUUGUUGAUCUCUUACCCUUUUAGCUGUUUUUGAGACAUGGUACUAAAUUUUGAAGAUCUUGUUGGUAUUUUUUGUUGCUUCAAUCAGGUUUUUGAUGAUAUUAUAGCAAUUGAUAGUGUAGAGAUCGAGUGUUGUUUGGAGCUUCUGGGUUAAUCUAUUGUUGAGCGCAAUAUCGAUGAUGGAAUUGAAUGCAAAAAGUCCCUUCUUGUGGGACUGGGAAAACUGGGUCAUGUUAAACCCAAAAGGUUCUGAAGCACCCAAGAAAUUGCAGCUUGUGGAGUCUGAUAUUGAAGGAAUAGAAGGAUUCGAAGGCGGGUCUUUCUAUUCCUCUGGUGGUCGAAGUGAUGGUGGUACUGGGUCUGAGUUAGGAUAUGCGUCCUCUUCGAAAAGCUCAAAAUCUGCUUCUUUUGAUUCAUCGGUGCAGAUCAAAGGAAACCAAUUUUCAUUGGUUAAUAAUUCUGGGACAGCAAGAACUUCUCCAACAAUCGAAAGUUCAGCUGCUUCGGGUGAAUCUUUGAUCGCCUUGGAGCUUGGGAAGCGGACUUAUUUUGAAGAUGUUUCCGGGGCCAACAAUGUGAGGAACACUGCUCGGACUUCUGUUCCUCCUGAGUCCUUUGCUAAGAAGAACAAAUCUUCAUCCGUUGGUGUGGAGAGUCCAUGCUGCCAAGUUGAAGGAUGCAAUCUUGAUCUUUCAUCGGCUAAAGAUUACCACCGGAAGCAUAGAGUCUGUGAAAAUCAUUCUAAAAGUCCGAAGGUGGUUAUAAAUGGACUCGAGCGAAGGUUUUGUCAACAGUGCAGCAGGUUCCAUACCCUUUCGGAGUUUGACCAAAAGAAGAGAAGCUGCCGCAGGCGUCUGUCUGAUCACAAUGCUCGUCGCCGGAAGCCAAAGCCGGAAGUCAUCCAAUUCAACUCUAUGAGACUGUCAUCUUCUUUACAUGAGGGCAGGAACCAGCUGAAUUUUGCUUUUGACCAGGUACCAAUGCUUCAAACUAGGCAUGGUACCUGGGAUAGUGCAAACGAUUCCAAAGUUCCGCUUGCAAAAUCAGGUUUUCUUACUUCCAUGAAAUCGGGGGGUGCUGAUGAGCCACAUUCUACCCACAAUGGAUUGCAAAACCCAAUGACCAACAAAACCUCACAUGUUCCGACUCCCUUGAUGCCAUCUAAAGGUGCUUCUUCAGAUGUCUUUCAGCGAGGUUUACCAGUCUCAAUGGCACCAUCAAACAUGGCUGCAGCUCAAGAUGUCCGUGCUCUCUCUCUUCUGUCAAUAAACUCGUGGGGUUCUUGCGACCCAGAACCGUCUGUACUUAACUAUCCUAUGCAUACAAACCAUAACUCCUUGACUCAGCGAUUGCUUACCAUGGAUGCGGUGCCUCUCGGUGGCCCUCAGAUUUCUUCGGAGUUCUUGCCAGCUGAUCAGGCAGCCGGUUCUGGUCCUGGCUCACAGACCUCAACUUUCCAACUGUUCAAAGCCCCGAACGAGUCUAGCUUCUAUCUUUACUAGUUUGCAGCUGAUAGCCGAGCAGUUUUAGGUGACUAAUUAUAUGAAGUGUUAAGGCCUUUUGCUCAUCCUAAACCAUUAAGUGUAUGAAGUUUUAAGUGGUUAGGAAUGAUAUGUGUUGUACGUUCAUGUUUGCUUAUCAUGCUUUGACAUCUACUCUUAAAACUUGCUAAUAUGAUUAGCAGACAAUUAUCGGGUUUCUAAACAAUAUCAAAGACACUUGGUUUCGACAAUUUUAGUCGUAGACUUGAAGUUAUUAUACUCCAUGUGUUUCUUUUAAUUUGUUACCUUUAUACCAAAAAAACUAUCAUUUAAAUUGCGUGGUAUAUCAAAGGCAAAGAGACAGAAGAGUAGCUUAUUUAGAUAAUUGUUGUAGUAAUCUUUUUGUCUUUUUUUUGUAUAUGAUUUUUUCUAUUUUUUAUUA